UCACAAACAUCACCCUCUCUCUCUGUAACCUUUCAAACUAAUACAAAGCCAGUUUGCACGAUUCGACCCAUCUCAGUUUCCUUUGCACGCAGUGGUUCUAUAAUUACAUCAAGUAAUCCAUCUUGGCAUGUCGUAAUUGUCUUUCGAUCGCAGCGGCAUUCUGUGUUCCAGAAUGUCUGACGGCGUCUGCGAAGCCUCCAGAGGCAGCUGCGAGGUUUGUCAACAAGUCUCCGAGCGUAGGUGCUCCGCUUGCAAGUUGGUGUUCUACUGCAGCGCCGAGCAUCAGAGAGAGCAUUGGAUCGAGCACAAAGACGCUUGUAGGCCGUACGAAGUGGGCAGUUCAGAUCAUUUAGGCAAAUACCUCAAGGCGAGAAGAGAUUUAAACCCAUCAGAUGUCAUAUUUACUGACUCCCCCAUAGUCUUUGGACCGAAACCUCAUCGCAUCGAAGAAGGCUCCUUUCCUUGCGUUGGUUGCUGCAGGCUUUUAGAUGACCAAACGUGUGAGAGAUGUCCAGAAUGCUUUUGGCCGGUGUGCAAGACUGAUUGUCCAGGCCUUAAGGUGGCACAAGUUCAUGGUUUUGAGUGCAAGGUGUUGAAGCUUAGACCACCCAGUGAACCCAAAUCCUUUUUUGACUAUUACAGAUUUGAUGUAUUAAUAAUCUUACGAGCCUUAUAUUUGCAAAAAGUUAAUGGGAAGAAAUGGGAAACCAUGUUGAGUCUGCAGGAUCACCUGAAGGAUAGAGGUCCUAAUACAAAGGUUUUCAAGAGUGUCCAAGAGAAGUGCAAUCUUCUUCAAGAAAAUUAUCUGCAACCAUUGAGGAAAUAUGAAGAAGAAACUGGUCAAUCGAUAUUGCCCGUUCCUUCACAUGAAUUGAUUCACAAGAUAUACGGUAUUCUAGAUGUAAAUGCUACGGAGCUAUCUGAGGAAUUUGAAGCGUAUAUAUUAUACCCCACUGCGAGUUUACUAGAGCACGACUGCACUCCAAAUACCAUCCAAACUAUCGAUGAAAAAGAUAAUUUCAAGAUAACUUUCAGAGCUGCUCUUCCAAUCAAGAAAGAUGAACAUAUUACCUCAAUUUAUACCCACAUCCUUUGGGGUACAACAGCAAGAAGACAUCAUCUGAAGAAAACUAAAUACUUUGUUUGCACUUGCAAACGUUGCCAAGACCCCACAGAGAUGGGAACUUACAUAAACGCUUUGAAGUGUCUGGGUGUUGAAAGAGAACCUUGUGGUGGCGUUCAGCUUCCUUUGAAUCCAAUUGAGGGUAACUGUCAAUGGACUUGCAAUAAAUGCGACAUCAAAUUGCCAAACAAGGACAUUAUGAAGUUUGUCCACCAUUUAAGCCACGAAGUGGACAAACUGAUGGCCAGACAUCCUAAAAUUGCGGAACUAGAGGAUAUGUUGGGGAAGCUGUUAAAUUUUUUGCAUCCCAAUCACUAUCUGGUGUAUUCCUUGAAGCAUACUCUAGUGCAGUUAUACGGGAGUGAAGGUGGUAUAGAAAUAUCUGACACUCUUUUAAAUGAAAAGCUGAAAAUGUGUGAGGAACUGAUUGACGUUACCACAAGGAUUGAUCCUGGGAAUGCAAGGUUGUGUCUAUAUUUGGGUGUGCUUUUGAACGAACAGUUCAUUGUAAAAUUCAAACUACUGUUGAGGAAUUUCAACGCCGAUUGUAAAGACAAGUUUGAAGGAACAAUUAAAGAAAUCAGGGACAUAAUUGAAAGGAAUAAGGUGGUUUUAAGUUACGAGAAACAGUCGACAGCUGGAUCUAAACUGUUUGAGGUUAUUUUAGGAAAUGAACGAAAAUUUACGAAAUGGAAGGAAGAGCAUAGUUUGUAGAGUUUCAAACUCCAGUUAUUUUAGUGGUUAUAGAUAUCGUUUAAAAUAUACUUUAGCUGUAAUCUAUUAAAAUGAGUUAGUUUUAGACUUCAAAAUUAAAAUAAUGAAGUACUCUUUAUUUAAAUUUAUAAUAAUAACAAUUUAUUAACUGUAUAAAUAACAAAGCGUCUCAGAAAACAAGUGGGCUGGGCUGUGGCCCAGACCGGUGUGUCCCACUGUUUUGAUCCUAUCAUCAAAAAGUCUUUUAAAAAGGGUUUUUAGAAAAUUCAAACUAGCUUGAGUAGUCCUUGAUGGGUAAACAUACCAAUUCACGAUCUCAUUGCACUAUAAUCCCCUAACCCCAUAGCUUCAUAACCCCAUAAUCCCGUAACCCCAUAACCCGGGAUGUGCGAGAAUGUACAUAGAACCAUACAAUUCUGUGGGAACAUGGAUCUCAUACAUGAGGAAUCGGAAACUACAUGUCUUGACAGGCUUGCCUGACCCUAUACCCCGUAACCUAGAAUUUACGAGGAUGUAUAACCACGAACCUCUGUGUGAACUUGGAUCUCGGGGGGUCUGAAAUUACAUUACUGUGAGUUGGCAAGCCUUCAUAACUCCAUAACUCCUUAACCCAGUAACCCCGUAACCUCAUAACCUUGAGUCUUCGGGCAUGUAAAACCAUGAAACUCUGAGGAAUUAAGUCAAGGAUAUAUGGGGCAUCAGUUUCUUUCUCCGUGUAUCAACAUUGAAAAAAAAAACAUGAUAAUGCUUAUUAACUGUAGAAUUAGUGAUCGUGAUCGCUCAAAUAACAGGUUACCGAGUUACAGGGUUACGGGAAUACAGGAUUACGGUGUUACGGAAUUACGGGGUUAAAGGGUUAUGUGGCUACAUGAAUGAGGUUAUAGGGUUGUGGGGUUAUGUGGUAAUUGAUUAUAGGUUUAUGAGGUUGUGUGGUUAUGAGGUUAUAGGAUAAUGGGGUCAUAGGACUAUGAGGUCAUAGGGUUAAGGGGUUAUAGGGUUAUGGGGUUAUGGUGCAAUCAAAUAAAUAUAGUGUUACGGGAAUACAGGAUUACGGUAUUACGGAAUUACGGGGUUAAAGGGUUAUGUGGUUACAUGAAUGAGGUUAUAGGGUUGUGGGAUUAUAGGGUUAUGGGGUUAUAUGGUUAUGAGGUUAUAGGAUAAUGGUGUCAUAGGGCUAUGGGAACAUAGGGUUAUGGGGCUAUAGGGUUAUGGGGUUAUGGUGCAAUCAAAUUCCAAUAUUAUUUCGAUCAUUGACUAUUGAAGUCGGUUUGAAAUAUCGAAAACUGCUUUCUAGAGUAGUUUGUUGGUGUUGGGGUCAAAACAGAAACUGAUUUGGGAAUUUUGACUUUAGAUUAGAAUUCAGCGCUUCAAAAUACUGUAGGAUAUACUUCUCGUUCAUGGCUCAGUCCACUUUUUUGUAGCGCUGCGUAAAUUCAGUAAAU